AUGCCCAUAACUCAGUUUGCGCUGGUCGCAACGAGGUGCACACCGCAAUUAUGCACCCCUGUGUCCCCGGUGGGGCGGUGGGGCAGUCCCCGCGGGGGCGGCGGGGGCGAGAAGGGGCGGCGACACUUAAUAAAAAUGUGUGCGUACCCCCUCACUGCGUGUGAAGCCGUAAUUGAAAUUAUGAAACAGUCUUUGAUUUCUAAGGCUGCAGUCACAUUAGGCUUUUAUACUUAG